AUGGGACAAAGUGACCUUGACGAGCAAAUAGAGAAACUUCGUAAUUGCGAAUUAAUUUCCGAAGAGGAAGUGAGAGAACUUUGCCGAAAAGCAAGGGAGAUCCUAAUUGAAGAAAGCAAUGUACAAAGAGUGAACGCGCCCGUGACAGUCUGUGGCGACAUACACGGUCAAUUUUAUGAUCUGAAAGAGUUGUUCAAGGUCGGAGGCGAUUGUCCAAAGACAAAUUAUUUGUUCUUGGGUGAUUUUGUUGAUAGAGGCUUUUACAGCGUAGAAACGUUCUUGUUAUUACUCUCACUAAAGGUGCGAUAUCCUGACAGGAUAACGUUGAUACGUGGUAAUCACGAAUCACGUCAAAUAACACAAGUGUACGGGUUCUAUGAUGAAUGCCUUCGAAAAUAUGGAUCCGUUAACGUGUGGCGACAUUGUUGCGAGAUCUUUGAUUACAUGAGUCUUUCCGCGAUUGUGGACGACAAAAUAUUUUGUGUACACGGUGGAUUAUCACCUGCCAUAAGUUCACUGGAUCAGGUAUUCAUUACUCACAUGUUUAUCUGUUUACGCAUACUUCCGUUAAAUCCAGAUGAAAUUGAAGGGUGGGGCCUUAGUCCUCGUGGAGCAGGAUAUUUAUUUGGCGGGGAUAUUGUCGCACAAUUUAUACAUACCAACAACCUAGAAUUAAUUGCGCGCGCCCAUCAGUUGGUAAUGGAGGGUUACAAAUUGAUGUUUAAUAAUACCAUAGUAACGGUAUGGUCCGCACCGAACUAUUGUUACAGGUGCGGCAAUGUUGCUGCAAUCUUAAAAUUAGAUGAGAAUCUGGUCAGGGAAUAUAAGAUCUUUGAUGCUGCACCUCAAGAAGUUCGUGGUCUACCAGCCAAAAAGCCAGCUCCCGAUUAUUUCCUGUGA